CUUGGCCAUGGAUGUUGUGAUUGUCCGUAGAUGGUAGAUGGUCUCUGACUGUCGAACGCGGAGGUACCACCCGGCGGUUCUCGUAGGCGGAGCCAGAAUGUGUGCAUGUUGCGUUUCCCCUCGCCAGAGUCCGUGUGGCAUUCCCCCUUUCCCAUGUAUCCCCCUAUAGCCCCACGGUACGCAAUGGGUGUUUAGGCCUUAGGCCUUCGUGGUACUUGGAG